CGCAGCAAGACUGCAAGCAUCCCACGCUGCAGGUCACUCCGGCUCGGACAGAGACAGAGAGUGUGUCAAAUGUGCAGCUGAAAUGAGGGGUUAAGAGGCGAUUACUGGUCCUCCUCCUGCCCGUCCCACGUCUCGUGUGCAGGCGUACCGGAGUACUCAAGCAGGCCUGGAUCAUUGUGCAGACAGCCUGCAGACCGUAGUCGUUCACUCCACGAUACACGACAUUAGGUCGGCUUCCUGGGCUAAAGCGGUUGUCAUCUUGUCUUCAUCCCUCUUGCCCCACGGAGUACAACAAAGGCGACGAUAGCCGCUUAUAUCAAGCUACUUCUUCAGCAGCCCAACCGUCUCAGCUCUUCUGGUAGCAGGUGUGACGCCGACCUCGUCGUUGUUACCAUCAUGAACCACCAAGCAGUCAUCGUCGAAGAGUACCCGCUACCGGUCGAGCAGGUUAACCGCUGAGCGUUACAAGCCAGCAGCAUGGACACGUCCAUGACGGAGUCUGCAACUCUACUCAAUUCUCAGCUUGGCUUUCUGAACACCCAUGUUGCGUUGAUCUCGUUCCCAUUGGAAUUGCUACCGAACUACCAGCAUGCCAUCUUAAAUCUUCUGCUCCAUGUCCGCCAUCAGGAAGACGGCGGCAGCGACCUUCAGCCUCCUCGACCCUGGCUAUACUGGCACCCUUUCGUCAACAUCACCGUGACGCCCAGCGAGUGCUCGAUCAUCUGUCCAAGGGCCGAAGCUGACACCCUGUUCGUGCCAGUACGCCAAACGCUCGCACCGCAUUUGAAGUCAGCUGUCUCUAUCAGCAAAGAUGAUUUCUCCGUUGUUGUGAUUGGUGGCGCCGGCUUGGAAGCUGGCCAACGUGUGCUCGACCUUUCUACUCCGCUUGCCAUGGCCGGCAUUCCCAUAUUCUUCUUCACGAGCUACUGGUCGGACUACAUCCUUGUGCCCUUCAAGAUGCGGUCGCGAGUGAUCCGCGCGCUGGAGGAACGUGGCUUUGUCUUCGAAGCCGACGCAGACGGGGAGUCAGGCCAUAUGACCAACCCGGCAUCGCCGCUAUUGCAACCACAUCUCAAUCGUAGCUCGUCGCAGUCAGAUUUUGACUUCCCGCAGUCUCCAGCCACGCCACCACCAUCGACGCUGUCGGAUCUGCAAGCACGGACCUUCAAACUCUUGAGCAAGAACAAAGUGGAGCCUACCGUUGAUCGUACAAUUGGAUUGGUGACAUGUGCCGGAGUCAAGGACAGCACAGCAAGCUCUCAAAAGACCAAUUUCACCCAGGGUAAACUGGAGCUAGGGCUAGUAAGGUGCUUGACAAGCGAGCCGCUUCCGAACUUCUUUUCCGUGACUUUGACCGAUGCGGAGUCUGCGUCGCUCACACUGGACAAGCACUUACUUAGGCAUUUCGCGAACGAUGGCGAAGAUGUCCUGCUUGGUAACGUGGGGUCGGAUCAGAUCGCUAUCACGCUGGAUCUCAAAGACCUGCCCACCGAAAGCACAGGCAUUGUUUGUGGCGUGGCAAGUCGCAUCCUUGAUGGCAUGAAAGGUCGUGUUGGAAGGGAAUUGUUUGACAUGAGCUACUUGAGCACGGCGAAGGCUGGUCAUGUCAUUGUAUACGAGGAUGAACUCGAGGAAGUACUGAAGGCGCUGCGAGGCAUGCAGGUAAACGGAGCAAGUGCAGAUUGUUGACGUGCUGAGGCACUUCCAUCUCGGCUAUCUUCCAUUGUAUGAUGGCUGGAUCCAUUGAGUACCGGGCGCUUUCCACAUGUCCAGCUGUCCCGGUCUCGUACAAGCAGACAUGGCUAACUCCGAGAACGAUCACGGGAGCUCGUUUGCAAUCAUGAGGAAGGUAGCACGGUAUUGAAGCUUCGGAACCUGCUCUGACGGUUCCUCCAGCGGCCGCAGUGCAUGUAGGCUAUGGUGUUAUCUUCGAUGUC